UUCUGGCCCGGCGGCUUUCCGGUGGGCUGCGCUGCGAUGGCGGCUGGCGGCUGUGACCCGCGGGCGGCCGACGUCGAGGAGGACGCUUCCCAGCUCAUCUUUCCCAAAGAAUUUGAAACAGCCGAGACUCUCCUGAAUUCCGAAGUGCACAUGCUUUUGGAGCAUCGGAAGCAGCAGAACGAGAGCGCCGAGGAUGAGCAGGAGCUGUCCGAGGUCUUCAUGAAGACACUGAACUACACGGCCCGCUUUAGUCGCUUCAAAAACAGAGAGACCAUUGCCAGUGUUCGGAGUUUAUUACUACAGAAAAAACUACAUAAAUUUGAGCUGGCGUGUCUGGCCAACCUUUGCCCCGAGACCGCAGAGGAGUCCAAGGCUCUGAUCCCAAGCCUCGAGGGCCGGUUUGAAGAUGAGGAACUCCAGCAGAUUCUUGAUGAUAUCCAGACGAAACGCAGCUUCCAGUAUUAACCUCCAGCCAUCCCUGCUUGAAGCCGCCAUGGUCCCAGUACUGGCCUGACUGUAUGGGAAUCCCAUGGAAGAAGACACUCAAGUUUCCCUGGCGGCAGCAACCCGGCCUGGCCUUUGUUCAAGUUGCAGUUUGAAACUUGACUAUUGGACCAUAAUGGGCUUGUCCUCACAGCGAGGCUUUCGUUGUGGUGGACGCCUUAGGCUUCUUGAGCUUGCCUCUGGGUGGGUGAAAUAGGUGACAACCUCAUACCAGCAGUCUUGACUUCUCUGUUACGUACAUGACAACCUCAUACCCGGAUUCUUGGCCCCUUGAUGCUUGGAUUCUUAAUGUUUCCUCUUUAGAUUUCAGUGGUUUUAUAGUUUCUGAUACUAGGGAACAUACAGAACUGCUAUAGGCAACAACAGUUUACCUAAAUGUGAAAAGAAUUAAAGCAGACCAGGAUGAUG